GCAACCUGUACGGUCGGUCUGAACUCAAGCACCCCCCCACCCAUACCCAUAACGAGUUGACAAAAGAAAUUUUUUCUUUUUUCUCAUUUUUAUAGAAUUUCAGAUGCUAUUUUUAAUUAUUGGGUCGCUGAUUUUUUGCUGCUCCGAAGCUCUGCCGCCAGAAAACCCGAGUCCCAGCUUUGCGUGCAAUUGCCAGUCAAUCAAAUGCUGUCAAUGGCUUCGUGUGGCUUAGGAGCGUCAAACAUCAAGAUAUCGAGCUUCAACUUUCGUGGAGUAAGAAUUAGAUAUACAAGUAAAUGGGAUAGUAGAAGAACUCUGAUAGUUCCGAAUGCCCCAAAGUAUGCAGGUUUAGUGGCAUUCCGGCAAUCAGAUAAACUACGCACUGUCUGCUGUGCUACUUCUAAUUCUGAAACCCUAGCGACAGCUGACGAAAUUGUUCUGGAUGGUUCGUUAGAGGGUGAGAAUUCCAGUUCAACCAGUCAGCUCGUGCCAAAUCGUGCCGAGGUGGAAUCUCUGGUCGCUGAUAUUUGUGAUACAGCAUCAAUUGCAGAAUUUGAGUUGAAGCUCGAUGGGUUUCGGUUGUAUGUAUUGAGAGAAGUGAACAGAGAACAAACAGUUACUCCUCCUCCACCUCCACCAGUCUAUGCCGAAUCGACUCCUAGCAACACCAACACAAAUGAUUCAAUUUCAAGCUCUUCAUUAGCUAUAUCCAAACUUCAACUCUCUCCAGAUGGAAGCUCAACAUUGCUUGACAAAGCCGCUGACGAAGGCCUAGUGAUUCUUCAAUCUCCGAGGGUGGGGUUUUUCCGAAGGUCCCGCACCAUAAAGGGUAAACGGGCGCCUCCUGCAUGUAAAGAGAAGCAAAUCGCGAAGGAAGGACAAGUGCUCUGCUACAUUGAACAGCUCGGUGGUGAAAUCCCAAUCGAGUCUGAUGUGUCUGGAGAAAUUGUCAAGAUUCUACGAGAGGAUGGUGAUCCAGUUGGAUAUGGUGAUGCCCUCAUUUCGAUCCUCCCUUCGUUCCCGGGAAUAAAGAAGCUGCAAUAAGAAGCAUUUCCUCUUUAUAUAGCUUAGAACCGAUGAUUUUGGCUAGAUUUUUUUUUUGGGGGCUGAUGUGAAUCCAUUCCUGACCGAGGAAUUGAAUUUUGUUUGAAGAUAUUGAUUGUGUGUUUAGUUUUAGAGUUGAGUCGAGCUGAAUUUUGAUUUUAAUUGGUUUGUAAUGAUUGUAUUGUUGAAUUAUGAGAAAAACCGUGAAAAA